UUGGUGCACCAAGUCCAAAGCCAAAGCCAAACAUAUUAGCUAUAGCUCAGUACUCAACUACUCAUGUAGUCAUUUCUCAAUUCUAACUCCUCUUAUUAAUUCUCCUCUCACAAGUCCAAAGCCAAACAUAUUAGCUAUAGCUUAGGCUAUGGGGAUCAAAGUUCAUGGAAGCCCACUUUGUUGCGCAACCCUCCGUGUUGUCGCUGCUCUUCAUGAAAAGGAGCUCGACUUUGAAUUUGUUCUGGUCGACAUCAGAUCUGGUGCUCACAAACAACAACCUCACCUCUCCCUUAACCCAUUUGGUCAAGUCCCAGCUUUUGAAGACGGAGAUUUUAAGCUUUAUGAAUCAAGAGCAAUUACAAAAUACUUAACAUAUGUCUACAAAAGCAAGGGGACUGCAUUGGUCUACCAGGACUUAAAGCAGAAGGCAAUUAGAGCUGCUUGGAUGGAGGUUGAGGCUCUCCAAUUUGACCCACCUGCCACUAAACUCAUUGAAGAGCUUGUCUUUAAGGGCACAACCAGCACGCAAACCGACAUGGCUAUAGUCGAGGAGAGCGAGGCAAAGCUAGCUAAGGUCCUUGAUGUUUAUGAGAGCCGUUUAGGUGAGUCCAAGUACUUGGGCGGUGAAACCUUCACCUUAGCUGAUCUUCAUCACUUGCCUCAAUUGCAUAUGCUAAUCGGUACUCAAGUCAAGAAGGUGUUGGAAGAGCGGCCUCAUGUGUAUGUUUGGUGCAAGGACAUCUUGGCUAGGCCUGCUUGGGAAAAGACUAUAGCUUUGCUAAAGCACGCUUAACAAGGGAUUAGCGAAAACCGACUAAACAAAUUAGCUCGAUCGGCCAUUUCUUCUAUUUAUUUAGUUGGCUUCUGUAAUGUUCCUUAUUGAUGGCAAUAUGGCAUCGUCAUUUAAUUGGUUAUCUCCAACUUGUGAAGACCGAUCAGGAGUUCAUUAUUGUAGCAAUAUAAUUUAAGAAGUUUAUUUAUGCCAAUUUCUCAGUUUCUUUUUA